GCCAUGCUGAGCAUCUUCCGCUCCAUCCCCACGGAGAUGGACUACAAGGGCCAAAAGUUAGCAGAACAGAUUUUUCAAGGGAUCAUUCUUGUCUCUGCAAUAAUUGGUUUCAUCUGUGGAUACAUCACUGAACAGUUUGGAUGGACUGUCUACAUAGUCAUGACUGGAGUUGCUUUAUCGUGUUUGCUCACGCUUCCACCAUGGCCUAUGUAUCGCCGCAAUCCUCUGAAGUGGCUACCUGUCCAAGAGUCCGGAACAGAAGACAAGAAGCCAGCAGACAGAAAGCCAAAGAGACAUGCUAAAAGCUAA